AUGAGCGCCCCGGCCACCGCCACCGCCGCCGCCGUGAGCGCCCCGGCCACCGCCCGCGCCGACCCCGCCGCCGGCCCCAGCCUCGCCCCGCUGCUGCACACCCUGGAGGACCCCGCCGCCCCGCCGGGGGAGCUCACGGACGCGCACCUCACCAUCGUCAGUCGCCUGAGUGGUGAAGGAGGCAAAGUAUUCACUGCAGAUGUCAGAAAACACUUUCCUCAGCUCUGCAAAGUGUUUAAGGCACACAUUUCCAGUCCAAACUCCGAGCUUAGUAAUGCAGCAUUGCAGGCCUUGGGAUUCUGCACUUUUAAUUCAGCUAAUACAGCUGAAUUGUCUGCCCCCGAAAUGCAGGAUUUGCUCUCGGCAGUGAACGGCGUCGCUGUGAAAUCCUCAGACAAAAACACCUGCACUCGGGCACUUUGGGUGAUCUCCAAGCAGGCCUUUCCUCCUGAAGUUGUAAAAAAGGAGGUGUCCAAUAUUCUCUCUACCCUGGAAACAAUCCUUACCAAAGGAGAUGUGCAGUCUGUUGUGGUUGAAUAUGAAGCACUUAAUGUCAUCAUACGCCUGAUGGAGCAAACCCCAGCCCAGAUGGGAGAGGAGGCUGUGAGGUGGGCAAAGCUCAUCAUCCCUCUGGUUGUCCACUCUGCUCACAAGGUGCAGCUGCGAGGGGCCACUGCCCUGGAGAUGGGAAUGCCACUGCUCCUGCAGAAACAGCAGGAGGUGGCAGCUGUCACCGAGCACCUCAUGACCACAAAGUUGAUUUCUGACCUUCAGAAAUUGUUUUCUGCAAAAAACGAGACUUUUGUGCUGAAGUUGUGGCCGCUGUUUGUCAAACUGCUUGGAAAGACUCUUCAUCGCAGUGGGAGUUUCAUCAACUCCCUGUUGCAGCUGGAGGAACUUGGAUUUCGGAGUGGCUCCCCAGUGGUAAAGAAAAUUGCCUUCAUUGCAUGGAAGAGUCUCAUAGAUAAUUUUGCUCUAAACCCAGAUAUCCUGUGCAGUGCUAAAAGGCUGAAAUUACUGAUGCAGCCCCUGAGCUCAAUCCAUGUGAGAACAGAGGCUCUGGCACUGACCAAGCUGGAGGUCUGGUGGUAUUUACUCAUGAGGUUGGGAACUCACCUGCCUUCAAACUUUGAACAGGUCUGUGUCCCAUUAAUCCAAAGCACUCUGAGUCUGGAUCCUGCUGCUGCAUUCCCAGGAACCCCCUCACGCCUUCCAGCCAACCAGAGCUUGGGCUCAGCCACCCCUGGGCAGAAACCAGGUCCUUAUCCAUUGGUGAGUCCAGCCACCCCGAGGAUAAACCUGAAUUCCAGCCCAGCAGGAGGGGUGAUGUUUUCUUCCAUCCAGCUCUUGGGCAUUGAAAUGCUGCUGCACUUCUUGAUGGGACCAGGAGUUUUAGAUUUUGCUAAGCAAAACAAACUUGUACUCAGUUUAGAGCCUCUCCAGUCCCCGCUGAUCAGCAGCCCCUCUUUUUUCUGUAAGCAUGCCAGCACACUCAUCAAUGCAGUGCAGGAUGGCUUUAUUGCAAUUGGAAAAGAAGUUCCUGAUUGUAUGCUGAAUGUUAUAUGGAAGGACAUAAAUGGAUAUGUAAAAACAGCAAUUGAAUCAGGAAAUAAGAAAGAAAAGCAAGGGUCAGAAAUCCUCACUAUGUUGCUCCAGGCCUUAAAAAACAUUGUGAGAUCAAGCUCUCUUCCUGUGCAGAAAAUACUGUCCCUCAUUGAUAUUACUGUUAAGGAGUUGCCUCCAAAAGUAUUGGGAUCACCAGCUUAUCAGGUUGCUGAUAUGGACCUUUUAAAUGGAACACCAGCUUUGUUCUUAAUCCAGCUGCCUUUCCAUAACAACCUCUUGGAAUGCUGUGUAACAGAUGAGAGAUUCUUUGUGAUUCUGGAAACACUUGUGGGUUAUGUCCUGUCUGGGCCCACAUCUCCCCUGGCUUUCAGUGAGUCUGUGAUUUGUGUCAUCAACCAGAGCUCCAAGCAGGUGGAAAACAAGGAGCACCUUUGGAGGAUGUGGAGCAUUGUUGUUAAUCCUCUGACAGAAUGGAUUAAUCAGACCAAUGAAGUGAAUCAGGGGGAUGCCCUGGAGCACAACUUCAGUGCUGUGUACAGUGCAUUGCUGCUGCCAGUGUCACACAUCUUCCCCACUCAGGGCUUUCCCCAGCCAACCAUGAAGUCCCUGCUGCGCUCGUGGUCGGAGCUGUACCGAGCCUUCGCGCGCUGCGCUGCCCUGGUGGCAACAGCCGAGGAGAACGUGUGCUGUGAGGAGCUGUGUGCCAAAAUUAUGGCUGGGCUAGAAGGUGAAACUCCAGUAAUGUUUUCCAUGAUGGAAGGUCUCACCCACGUUGUCUCAGUCAUGGUUGACUGCAUCAACUUUGCUCCAUAUGGUACCAAAUACCAGCCAAAAACCAGAUCUCCACAGACACCUUCAGAUUGGUCUAAGAAGAAAAAGGAGCCCCUGGGCAAACUUGCCUCUCUCUUUAAGCUCCUGGUGCUGUUACUGGACUCCUUCCACGUGUUCAGCUCCCAAGAAACCUGUUCAGAAACACUGAUCUCUGUUGGCCCUUCAGUCCUUGCUGCUCUUCACAACAUCAUCAGCCACAUUUCGCUGCCCUCAGUGAUGGGGACCAUGUUUGCCAUUUUUUCCAAGCCCCUGGCAGUGUUUUAUGAAAAAACCAAGCUCCCUGAGGUACCCAAAGUCUACAGUAAUCUUAACAACAAGCUUGAGAAGCUGCUGGCAGAGAUUCUGCAGUGUCUGCAGUCCCACUGCACGGGUUCCUACGACAGCGAGAUGCUGGAGCAGCUCUCCCCACUGCUCUGUGCAGGGUUCCAGCACAGGAGCAAACAGCUCAGGAACCAGUGUGCCCAGUUCUGGAAUUCCACCUUUGCCAAGGCUGCCUCACUCACAUACCCUGAAGAGUUAAAAUCUGUGUUAAGCCAAGCCAAAAAGAAAGUUCCUCUGCUGCUGCCUGGCUUUGAAAGCAUUGAGAUGGGUGAAGAAUGCAGUGGGCCCUUCUCUGACACGAUGGAAAAUUCCCAGCUGGAUGCAAAGAUGAGUGGAAUGGAAGUGAAGCUGGGUCAGAAACGAGAUUCUAUAUUGGCACAGAUGAGUGACCAGAAAAACGAUGGGAAAGACAAGUCCAGUAACGUGCAAGUAACACCUGCAAAGUUAAAACUAGAAUUUGCAUCUUCGAAGACUCCAAGUGAGAUACUUCUGGAAGAGGAGAAAUCAGCUGAUUUUGUGUUUAUUCCUCCAGAAACAAAAGCAAGAGUAUUGACAGAACAUCAGAAAGAAGUGCUGAGGUCAAAGAGGGUUGACAUUCCUGCCAUGUACAACAAUUUGGAUGCAUCCCAAGACACCACCUUAUUUUCUCAGGAUACUCAAAGCCAGGAGGAUUCUUUGGAAGUAUCACCUUUAACAGAAAAUGCCAAAGAAGAUACUGAAAGCAAGCCUCAGGAGGAAAAUGCCAGGAGUGAAGGGUGUCCCUCGGGGGAGAGCGAGGGGGAGUCACAGAACCACACAGCCGAGAUGGUUCCAGAGGAGCCAUCAGCUGGAGAGCAACUGGAGACAAGCUCUGUGGAAGCAGCUUCCAAGGAGACCUCGACAGGGAACGAAAACACUUCCAAUGCCAGCAACAGCUCAGCUUCCAGUGAUAUAAUUUCUGGGACCCCGCAGCCCGUGAGCCGCCGGCAAUCCUUCAUCACCCUGGAGAAGUUCAGCGGGGCAGAGAACAGGCCCUUCAGCCCAGCACCACUGAACACCUUCUCAGAGCUGCCCAGAGGGGCAGACAAACAGGAAAAUACAAGUGCAAGCAAGACCAGUGCUAAAGCAGAGAAAUCUGGAGAAGAAAACAAAAAGCCUUCGGAUGCGGAGCCAGAGUCCAUGAUCACGGCGAUCCGGAGGCUCACGCGCCGGCAGAGCAAGAUGGAGCUCCAGGGAAACAAGUCCAAGCUGCUGAACAGGUCAGAACAGGAAUCUCUUGCCUCUGACAGCAUGGAGAGUACUCCUGAGCUGUGCUCCACAGUAGAGGACGUGGAGCAAAUCCUCCUGUCCCAGUCGCAGGCUCUGCACUCCACAGAGGCAGACAUCAGGAAAGUCGAGGACACCAUUGCGGAGAUAGAGAAGGCCCGGGCCUUGGACAUGGAUUCCAAGGAAAACACCCCCCCAGACACCACCACCUCACCCGACCAGGCCACGGGGGAGGACUCCCAGGUGCCACAAGUGUCCCCUCAGCAGAAGGUGCUCCGACGUUCCUUGAGGCGCCGGUCGGAGACCGCGGAGAGCUCCUCGGGGAGCCAGGACAAGGAGGAGGGGAUCCAAAGGAGGGACAGGCGGAAAGAGGAUGACAAGUCUGGGCAGAAGAAGGUGUCACAGCCUAAGGAUGAUGGAUCCCAAAAGCAGAAGGGGAUUUCUGGGAAAACAGCAGAAAAGAUGAGUACAAAAGAGAGCAGCCAACCCGAGAGAACUGCGGAGGACCGGAGUUCCAAGGACUCUCCUGCUUCCAGGGGCCUUGAUGAGGAAGGGAGCAGGCAUGGCAGGAGGGCAGAAGAGCCCCUGAAGGCUGAGGGGGAAGGUCAGGACAGCAGCCCGAAGGCGGUGGAGCGCCCUCGGUACCACACCAGGAGAGCUGCCCAAGGGUUGCUCUCCAGCAUAGAGAACUCGGAGUCUGAGGGCUCUGCCAAGGAGGAAAGCACAAGGAAGAGAAAAUAUGUGAAAGUGAAAACCAGAAGUGAUUCUCAGGAAGGCAAAUUGAAAGGUGGGCAGCCAGGAAGCCAUAGCCAGGAGGUGUCUUCCCAGGAAAAUGAAACUCAGAGUCCACUGGAAGCAAAUAAAGGGGAAGCUGAAAUCAGCACAGCUGAACCAUUUGGGCUUGAAAAGCAGGGAAUUCCUCCCACUGCUGGUGAGGUUGUGGGAUUUGCCAGCUCUGGGAAUCCACCUGCUGCUCAGAAUGCCAGUGAGGAACAAAACCAGAGUGACACAGUGAUGGAGUCACUGCCCAGCCCCUCUGUGCCUGAGCAGGACGGGAAAGCAGCACAGGAGAACCAGCUGGAGGAGAGGCAGACAAGCCCAGGGGGCUGUGCAGCAGCAGCAGAUGCUUCAGGGGCUGAGCAUUCCUCCCUGCAAACCCCUGAGUGUCACAGCAAAAGGAGCAGGAGGGUGAAAAAAACCAAGAGCUGCGAUUGCUGUUUUAAAAAGCCAAAGCAACAAAUAACAUCGUUCACUGAAUCCAGAAAGAGGAAAACUCCUGAGCCAGAUGAGCUCCAGCUCACCCCGGAUCAGACACCUGGAGGUGACUCAAAGCUGUGUGGGCACUCAGAUUUUGAGGAGAGCUUCUCCCUGGCACCCUGUGCCAUGAGCACUCCAGUGUGUCCCCCAAAGGAACCCAGGACGGGCGACUUGGAAAGCCAGGGAACACGUGUGGAUAAUCUGCAAGGAAGCUGUGUUGGGAUGGAGGUGGAGCCAGAGAAUCCAGAGUGUUCAGCAGGUGAAACUACUGACUCCAUAGAGGAAAUAAAGGAAGCUGCUCAUCAGAAGGAGCCAACGGAGCAGGUUCUGCCAGGGGGUGUUCCAGGGGAGCCUGGUGAGAGCUGCUUGGCCAUGGAGAGCCAAGGGGAAGGACCAGCAGCUCCAGAAAAGGAUGGAACAGCUACUCCAGAAAAAGAUUUAACAAUGGCUCCAGAGAAGGGGGGACCAGCAGCUCCAGAGAGAGAGGAACCAGCAGCUCUGGAGAAGGAGGAGCCAGCAGCUCUAGAGAAGGAGGAAACAGCAGCUCCAGAAGAGGAAAUAACAAUGGCUUCAGAGAAGGACGAACCAGGAACUCUGGGGAAGGAGGAACCAGCAGCUCUAGAGAAGGAGGGAAGAGGAGCCCCAGGGAAGGAGGAACCAGGAGCUCCAGAGAAGGAGGAACCAGGAGCUCCAGAAAAGGAAGAAAUAAUUCAGAAUGGACAACUGGAGGAGGUGCCUGAGGAACUGCCUGUUGAUAGCAAACCUGAGGAAAAGGAGAUCAACAAUCUGGAAGGCAAUCAGGAUGAUAAAGGAGAAGCUGAGAAUACUGCAGGAGAAACUGGUGUUAUUCCAGAGAAAGAGAUGAAGGAGGAAUUCAUGGAAACUGAAAUAACAAUGUCUGAAAAUGCAGUUUUGGAAAAUCCCAGCAUGGAGUCACCUCUGAAGGCAGAAGGUGAUGCUUUGGUGCCGGUGAAUGAGAGCCCCACCAGCAUCCAGGCCCGCUGCACGUGGUCUCCCUCAGCUUCCCCUUCCACCAGCAUUUUGAAGAGAGGUGCAAAAAGAAGUCACCAAGAUGAUGAGUCCCUGUCACCUGCUCAUAAGAUCCGUCGGGUGUCCUUUGCAGAUCCCAUCCACCAGGCGGGGCUGGCAGACGACAUCGACAGGAGGAGUCCCGUGGUCAGAUCCCACUCCUCACCCUCUUCCAAAAGCCUGAAAAUCUUAUCCAAUAUUCAGACUAAGCACAUUACCACUCCAACCAAAGGAUUUCUGUCCCCAGGAUCUCGUACCCUUAAAUUUAAGAGCUCAAAGAAGUGUUUAAUUACAGAAAUGGCCAAGGAGCCUCUGCCAUGCCCUAUGGAACACGUGUACCCAGCCUUGGCUGGCUGCAAAGCUCCUGUUGAUGUCAUUUUACCCCAGAUCACAUCAAACAUCUGUGCCAGAGGUUUGGGGCAGCUCAUCCGAGCCAAGAACAUCAAGACCGUGGGGGACCUGAGCUCUCUGACAGCCCUGGAAAUCAAAACCCUCCCCAUCCGCUCUCCCAAAGUCUCCAACGUCAAAAGAGCUCUCAAGGGAUAUCAUGAGCAACAGGUGAAGUCUCGAGUGUCUGAGGAAAUGGUGGUGCUUGAAGAUGCUGAAAAGCCUGUAAAUGAUGUGGAGGACAAACCACUCUGUGUAGAUGAAGAGAAACUUGGAACAGACCUGGCUGAGCCAACCGUGCCCAACAUGAGUGACCAGCCCCCGGCAGAUCUCCUGAGCCAGAUCCAGGCCCUCUCUGCCCAGCUCAGCUCUGAGGAUCUCCACAGCUAUUCUGGGAGCCAGCUCUUCGAGAUGCAGGAAAAACUUGCUGGCAUGUCCACCUGCAUCCUGAAAAACCUGCAGUCCCGCUGGAAAUCCCCCCCCCACGACAGCUCCCAGUAGGAGCUCAGUAAGGAGGAUUUUGUUACAACAUGUUUUUUCCCCACCCCCACCUUGUUUUUCUUACUGGUGAAUUAUUCCUUAAACUGUGCAUUUUGAACAGAAGAUAUUUUUUAACUCCUACAUCAAUUUAUUGUCAUGGGAUUGUUGUUUUUUUUUCCUUAUUCUUUUUGUUGUUGUUGUUGGUUUUUCCCCCCCCUAAUUUGUGGGACUGCUUCAUCCCUGGCAGAGGUAUUUGUCUUGUGUUGCUAUGCAUAUUUCUUUCAGGUAGUGAAAGAAAGCUUGACAAGAGUUGUGCAAUAGCAAAGAGACUGUGAAACCAAACCAACAGAGUAGUUAAAUUAUUUUUUCAAACCCGAAGUGUUCUUAGUGCUGCAAACUCUUCCUGUGGGGGCCAGAGCCGCAUCUCCCAGCUCUGCUCCUCUGCUGCCCGGGGGGGUUCCUUUGAGCUGCUCAGACUCUGCCAGAGCAGCACCUGUGAGGUGAGCUGGGCUUAAUUCCUUGCAGCAGGAACCUGGGAUUUGUACUGGAUCUAUUUUUCCACGUAUUUUUGUACGACUCACACUAAGAAGUGACAGGACGGGCGUGCACAGACUCUGCUGAGCCUCCCGGGCUCUGCCCCGUGUCCGUGGGUGGCAGCAGUUCUCCUGGUGGGAGAAGACUUUUUCCUUGGGGAAAUGAAUGAAUUUGGCAAGAAGCUUCUUGUAUAUUGUGUACAGACUGACAGCAGAUGUUUGGUUACUAAUUUAUGAUUGGGGUUUUAAUUGCAUGGAAUGCAUUGCUGCUUCUCCGAGACCUUCAGCGAGAGUUCCCGGGCUUUCCUCUGGAAUUCUGAUCUGUAUAUAUUGUACUGUAGCUAUCAGAGUGGCUGUUUAUUGGAAGGAACUGCUGCAGGUGGUUUUUAGGACUUACACAUGGGCAAAUAAAAGAGAAAAUAGUUCCCAAACUUGUUCAUGUCCUCGUGGUUUGGUGUUUGUGGGGUUUUGCUUGUUCAGCUCCCCCUCGGCAUUGCUUUGGAUUCCCAAGGCUGGGAGGGACCUUGGAAUGUCUCCAGUGCUGCUGUAAGGUGGGAGCAGGUCCUCAAGGAUGUGAUGGGAUCAUCAGCAGGGUUCUGAGUAUUCUGUUUGAGUGUCUCAUGGACAAAAGGAACAGGACAAAGAGGUGGCCUGGAGCUGUAAUGGGAAGUUGGCUGUAGGGUUUUGUGCUUCCCUGGAAAUGUUACUUUGGUUCUAAAUCAAAAACACUUCUGAAGUGUUUUCAGCUCUUACAUCCAGUGAUCUGUGAGAUCAGUUCCUGCUUUCAGCACAAGGGAACACAUCCAUCCUACUGCAGAAACAUCAGCUUUAUUCUGUCACUAAUUUACAAGAAAUAACAGCUUUUGACCCCAGAACAGUUGCAUGAAGAACACAUUCAUGAGACCUCAGCAAGCAAGAGGAGAGGGUUUCUUUUUCCCCUCCCCAAAUAAAUUGGUUUGAAACACUAA